CAAAAUGGCAGCACAGCGAGGUGGUGGUGCCUCGGGUAACAAAUUCAGGCUCACCCUGGGUUUGCCCACGGGUGCCGUCCUCAAUUGCGCGGACAACAGUGGCGCCAAGUCGCUUUUCAUCAUCGAGCCCUUCGGUUUCGGCUCCCAUCUCAACAGGCUUCCAGAUGCCGGUGUUGGUGAUAUGGUCGUUGCUUCAGUGAAGAAGGGAAAGCCUGAGCUCAGGAAGAAGACCAUGCCCGCCAUCGUCAUUCGUCAACGCAAAUCGUGGCGCCGCAAGGAUGGUCUCUUCCUCUACUUCGAAGACAACGCUGGUGUUAUCGUCAACCCAAAGGGUGAGAUGAAGGGAUCCGCUAUCACAGGCCCAGUCGCAAAAGAAUGCGCUGACCUUUGGCCGCGUAUUGCCUCCAACGCCGGCACGGUCGUCUAAAUAACUUCCGUUUCAGUGUAUUUCUCUGUUUUUCUCUGCUCGGUUUGCUGUGUAUCUUUUCUCUGCCUACUCGCCCUCCCGCAUAUCGCACGCCUUUCACAUGUUUAGUAUGAACAUGCCCCAUGAUCAUUCAAUGCAGUCUAGGUUUGAUAAUAUGAGAUGGAAGAUGUGUGAAGUUCGACAGUGAGGUGGUGUAGUUUCACAAAGCACCGUAUGAGGCUUCUUUCCCUCUGUUGAACUCGGGUUAAGAUCGACGGUUGAUUUGUACAUGUUU